AUGAUUAUGAGUAUCUUUUUCAAGAGGAUUCAGAAAGUGAGAGUGAUCCCAGCACGUGGAUGGCCAGUGGCUCCUCCAUAAGAGACAGGUCGAGCAGUGAGGAUGAAAAGCUUGCAGGGCCAUCACAGUCAGUCUCCCCUAUGCUCCCCGUUCAACAUCAUGAAUAUAGUGACCCAAAUGAGAGAACAACGUCAUGGCAUGAUUCAAACGAAGGAGCAGUAUCACUUUUGUUAUGAAAUUGUGCUUGAAGUUCUCCAGAAACUUCUGACUAUGGAUUAA